AGCAGCCCGCAGAGAGAGGAGGCGCAGGCGGUGGAGGUUGGUACCCGCUGGGUGCCGCAGAGCUCUCCGGGUGGCCAUGGCGAGCGGCGCACGGCGACCACCGGAGUGGCGCAGCGGUGUCAGAUUCUUGAUCAGAUACCAACUCCAUGGAUUCAGGACAGGAUUGUCCCAUGGCCUGCUCUGAGCAGUAUACAGUCUGAUAGAAGAUUCCAUUGGCAAACCGUCUCUCGCCUUACGGAACAAGCAAAGAAGAUGGAUCUACUGGAUAGCCAUCUGCCUGCGUGCUUACCACCUUCUGUGCCCUUUUUAAUUCUAGUAUCCAUUCUAGCGACUGCUAAGAGUGUAGCCAACAGCACUUUAAAUGGCACUGACGUGGUCUUGGGCUCCGUGCCUGUAAUCAUUGCCAGAACUGACCAUAUCAUAGUCAAGGAGGGGAACAGUGCCUUGAUUAAUUGCAGUGUUUAUGGCAUUCCUGACCUAGAAUUUAAGUGGUAUAAUUCUGUUGGCAAGAUGCUGAAAGAAAGCGACGAGGAGAAGGAGAGAGGAGGAGGAAAAUGGCAAAUGCUGGACGGUGGCCUCCUGAACAUCACCAAGGUGUCUUUCUCAGACAGAGGCAAAUACACGUGCAUGGCGUCUAAUGUCUACGGUACUGUAAACAACACGGUGACCCUGCGAGUCAUCUUUACCUCUGGAGACAUGGGUGUGUACUACAUGGUCGUGUGCCUCGUGGCCUUCACCAUCGUCAUGAUCCUCAACAUUACCCGCCUGUGUAUGAUGAGCAGUCACCUGAAGAAGACUGAGAAAGCCAUCAAUGAAUUCUUUAGGACAGAGGGUGCGGAGAAGCUGCAGAAGGCAUUUGAGAUUGCUAAGCGCAUCCCCAUCAUUACCUCAGCCAAAACUCUAGAGCUCGCCAAAGUAACUCAGUUCAAAACCAUGGAAUUUGCCCGGUACAUAGAAGAGCUUGCCAGGAGCGUGCCCCUGCCUCCCCUCAUCAUGAACUGCAGGACUAUCAUGGAGGAGAUCAUGGAAGUGGUUGGGCUAGAGGAGCAGGGGCAGAAUUUUGUGAGGCAUACCCCAGAAGGCCAAGAAGCCACAGAUAGGGAUGAGGUAUAUACAAUCCCCAACUCUCUGAAGCGAAGCGACUCCCCCACCACCGACUCGGAUGCCUCGUCGCUGCAUGAACAGCCUCAGCAGAUUGCCAUCAAGGUUUCAGUUCACCCCCAGUCCAAAAAGGAUCACGUGGAUGACCAAGAGGGCGAACAGUUUGAGGUCAAAGAUGAAGAGGAGACAGAACCAUCAGAGGAACACUCCCCAGAGACUGCAGAGCCUUCUACAGACAUAACGACCACAGAGCUGACAUCAGAAGAGGCCUCGCCGGUAGAGGCACCAGAUCAAGGACUGCCACCAGCACACUUAGAAACGACAGAGCCAGCAGUGACAUGUGACAAAAACAUCUGCAUUAUCUAUGAAAGCCAUGUCUAAUCUUAACUUCGAAAAGCUAUGCAUAUCAAGAAAAUCAGGGGCUGCUCCUUGUAAUACAAAUGUAGUACGCACUUGCCGCUAAGCCUUACCAGGAGACGCUCAUCCCUUAGGUUGGAGUUAUGCCCCAUGAGAGGGACGACACCUGCGCGGAGCUCGUUUGACUAGAAUCACCCCAGUAGGACAGGAUGUGAGAAGUGCUGGGGUACGGAGCUGAUAAGAUGGGGCAGAGGUCUGUACCAUGUGAUCUGAUCUGUAUAGAGGCCAUGCUCUGCCAAAUCCCUUCGUUGGUGGUGCCCUUUUGGCCAGGAGUACGCUAUUACUGUAAGAUGUUCUGAGUUCAGGAGGCCUGUCUAAUGCAUACUGCAUUGCUUUUCCUUUGAAAAUUCUAGGUCUGCUGCAGUAGCAAAUGCUCAUACAUGGGCUCAUUGCACUUUCUUCUCAGUUUAAAUUAUCUUCACAGUUCUUUUAUAAUGGAGUAGUUGUUAUUAUAUUAAUAUUAAUUGCUCUUUCUGCUGGAGUCUUCUGUGUCACCUUUGUUCUUAUUUUUCCUUAGUAUGUUUACCUCAGAGUCUUGGGUGUCAGCCACUGACAUGACUGACAUCUGUAAGUCAUUUGUAAUACUCUGAAGUAGUUCUUGUUCUUGUUCUUUAAUUUUCUCUUUAGAAAAAUAGUAACAACUUCACAUCUAUCUCAUAUACUUUUUGUUUUCAAUGAAGCUGCUAUUGUGAAACUGAGAAAAACUUUGCCCCCAAGUAGCACUUUAACAGUCAAAUAAGAACGUUUACCUGCCCAGUUCUGAGAGCAUUCAGAUAAGCUCUGCUGAGGUGUGGAGCAAGAUUGCAAAUGCUUACAUAUCCCCAUAGCACUCAUGAAAUUGGUUUACCUGCAAGUGUCAGCACCCUCCAACCUGGGAAACGUGCUGCUUCCAAAAAUAGGCCUUUGGAGAAUUCCUGUAGGUACGGCAUGUCAGCUUCCCAGAAGGCCUUGCAGGGCCUAUAAGAUGUUGUCAGCUCAGCAGCAGCAGAUGUGUGUGGGGCAGGAACUGGCCCACUAGCGGCUCUGUCAUGAGCAUAAGCAGGUCCCCUUCAGACUGAAUACGUGACUUGUUGGUCAUGCAAAAGGAGCUAGCAAGCUGAGUGAGGAUGAUGGCAUAGAUGAUUUUAUCCUGGAGUGACUGAAUUUUUUUGCCCCCCUAGAAUGCAGUAUGUGUAAGGUAGCUUGAUAUUCGAGAAGAACGACAAACCAGCCAUCCAGGGAUUUAAUACUUGACUGUGCCAAUAACUAGCUGCCAGGCAAGUAACUAGCUGCUUUUGGCAAAUCUGGGCCUCAGUUUUCCUUUCUGUAAGAGAGGGCAAACCGGACUGAACUCUGAGCACCUUUUUUUUUUCUCUCCAAUAGCAUCACAUUCAGAGAAAGAACACAGUAUUUUUUAAAAAUGCAUUUUUUCAUGAUUGUUUUGAGAAUUUUUGCUUUCAUCUCUGAGUUACCAAGCCAUUUUAAUGCUGUUACUUGCUCAAAUGCAAGGGAUCGUGGUGUUUUCAACAAUAUCUAGAAUUUUUUCCCUCCGAAAAUGAAUUAUGAGGCUCACUUCUACAAUUUAGAUUUAAUCUCUGAAAGAAGGGCAAGUGCUGUUAUUUUAUUUUCAAAUACAAACAAGGGAGACUGAAACUUAAAAAAGAAAAAGGUGUGGGGGGGGAUCAGAGUUAGGCCACAUAGUGUGGUGAGUGUGAUGAGGGUUUUGAUCUUUUUUAUUUGAAUGGGACUAGAAUAUGCACGUAAUUAUCUAGAUGACCCCUGAAGCUCCCUCAGAAUUUCACAAAAGUCUUCAAACUCUAAUAACCCUUCUAAGUCAAUGGGAACAAAAGUAGGCCCGUGCGGUGAGGUGCGUGUGUGAUAUGACCUUACAGGAGAGUAUCUGUAAUUGAGGGUAGUAGAAUUGUGCGCAGAAGUGAUUGGGACAGAGUUAUAGACAAUCCAUGUGGAAAACAAUCUGACAAGACUUGGAGUUUGAUCACAUUUCCCUUUAAGAGGAAUUUAUUAGCACCUAAUUGAAAUGUCUUAUGAGUCUCUUAAAAAACAAAACAAAACAAAACAAAAACCUGUAGCCUGCAGCCAUAAGAAGCCAUGACUUCUUUGGUAGUUCUCUGGAUGGGGAAUAUAUACAGUCACAUUGAAGAAAAGUCUCUUAGAAUAUGCCAAGUCCAUGAUUUUCAUGAAGAUUGACAAAUGCUACGUAGACUCUAUUAUAUUCAGCUCUCAUUCCAUCCAAACCCAUGUACGGAAUUCCUCAUGGAAACUGCAGGGCAAGGUAUCCAUACCAUAUAGAUACCGAUUUAGAAUAAUAAGCUAAAGGAGGCAGAUUUUCUAUGAAACAAGAGCUGAUAUAUAUGACCAAAGAAUGUAUCCAGGCUGAUCCUGAUUCUUUAGACUGCAGUAGGAUAGAGAGUGAGAGGAUGAUUUUCAAACCGCUCUCUUUAUGGCAUCAGAUGUUGUUAGUGUAAGAAUCUCCCACCUUAAAGGGAUCUUUGCUUCAUAUGGAAUUUCUCCAUCAGAAAUUCUACGCUCUUGCUACCCUCCAGGGAGCCUUCCAAAAUGAGAACAGCCUUUUACUAGAAUUUAUGAAAUGUGAAAGACCUUGUAACACUCAGUCAAUAGUUUCCCAAAAAAGUAAACCAUCCAAGUUCUUAGAAUUACAAACGGAGUCCCACUGAACCCACAGACACACACUUGUGUGCACAAUGGACUCAUCUGGGCAGUUUUUAAAGUUCCACACUCAAUCCCAACCUUUGGAUGGAUCUUCUAUACUCAUUCUUUAAAAAAAAAAAAAAAAGAAAUCAAACAAUUUCUGGUUUCUGAGUCAUCCUGGUCACGCCUCUAGCAAUUUUUUUCUUGAAAUCCUGAAAAUGAUUCACACACAUAUGCAUAUUUAAUUUUCUUAGAUGAUCUAUAAACUUGGAUGGUAUUUAUUCUAAAUGGGGAAAAAAUACCCAAAAUUUUAUAUGGGAAAAAUCUAUGUAAUUUAUAAUGGUUUGUUUUAUAUAUUUAUAUUUUCAUAUCUUUAGGGCACAUCUGUUGUUUUCAUCUUUUUGUACAUCGCAGUUGGCAAAAAGAAAUACUAAUACUUGACUAAAAUCUCUAGGAACCAAAUGUGUCAUAUGUGAUACAUAAUGUAUAUAAGUUGCUGUGGAAAUACCUGAAUGUUCUCACCCAUGCCAAGCAUUGUUGUGUCAUGUCCUUACCACCAGAAUGCCUGGGGUGCUCACGAACACUACUUUUUCACAAGGAAGAUUGAAAGGCCUGACAUCCCACACAAUGGGUUUCAGGAUCCCUUCCCCUUCUUUUCUUGUUUCUUCUUUAACUAGACACGUCCUUCUGAAGGGCAAAUGGGAGAUGAUGAGAAAGCAACGUGAACGAAUCUAGUUGUGGCUGUGUAAUCACAUUGACAGACUGAGGACGUGCUUUCUAUCCCAUGCUUGGGUUGUCAUCCACUGGCGAAGUGGCGUCUCCUCAGCUCUAUCGCACACAAAGUAUAGGGCAUGAAGAAUGAAUGUUUGCAUGUUUUGACAGGCACAGUGGACAUUUAGUGCAGCCACUAUUGGUGACUAUGGGGACACCAGUCUGGCACUGAAAGAAAUGUUUUAGAAAAAUGAACCAGUUACAUUUUCUUACAUGGUUUGAAGUAGUAUGUUUAUUCCUGUGUUAAAACUUUUAAAUAGCAGUUCCUUUGGUUACCUUAAUUAGGGAUUUCCUUUCAGUGUUUUUAUUUGGUAAGAAAUGAGGCAUCGAAGUCUAUUUCAAACCCUAUUUCCUCAGCACAUUCAACUGCUAUCUUCCACGUAUCUUCACACAUCCUCUCUGCAACCCCCUAAAUAACUCCCUGUUUUUAUUGUGUCUUCUCAAACACUUGCUGGUAGUCUUUACAUAUCAACCAAACUCCAUUAUAUAUCCACACAUUUUGAAAUCUGUUAACUUUAAGCUAUUGAUUUUACAUUUCACCGAGAAAGACUUCAAACCAGUAACAAAGUUGAUUUUCUUAAUGAAAUUUUUAUGAUUUCUUCAGAGAUUAACAGGCUUGAAUGAAACAAAUCAUUUGUGGGUAUAAAAUAAUCAAAUAGAACAGAUUAUUUAUUAUAUUUUCCAAAAGACUAAGUGUUUGACUAUUAUACAGUAAAAUCUCAUGUAAGAAAGAUGCUCCUUAAAUUACUUUUUUUCCUUAGAAAUGUUAAUGUAAAUGGGGUAACACUGAGAAAACUGCAAUCAUUAAAGAUAGCUAGAAUAAAGCUAGAAAGUAAGUCAUUCUAAGAACAUUAUGGAAAAAUUAAUUUUAUUAUUUAACCAAUUACAAAAGCCUCAAAAUGUGUCUAAUACUACAGAACCAUGAAGAGUGAGUUAGUUUCAGAGACUACGUUCCCAUAUAUUUGGUUUGCUGUGCUUCACUAGUUCUGAACAUUCUUUGUUAAACAGGAAAUGAGAUGGAAAAAGUAUCAGGAAGAAAUAAGAAAUAAUUUAAAUAUAUAAACAAAUGACUAGGAUAUAAGUUGAUAUCACUGUAGUAAGAAGAAAACAUGAUGUGUGAUUCAUUCUGUAUUCUGAUUGUUGCUUUAAUAAAGGGUUUACACAGAUGUGUGGAGUGUGUGUCAUAUCCCCUCUGAAGAGCACUUAGUUGUGAUCUGAUUCAUAGUGAAUCCUUCUAAGUGAUAUUAAUUCUGUGCCCAACUCAUAUCCCCACUUUAAUUUUGCACCUGCACAUUUCUUGGAAAAAUGGAAAAUGAAUUAAUUUUUAUCCUACUUCAAACCCUUUAGCUCUACCCUACAAACUUUAAAGAGAAGUUUAUCCCCAUCACAAAAGUUUUAGCCAUAACAUCAAGCAGAGACUUUUUCUGGGAUUAAUUUUUGACCAGGAAAUACACAUCUCAAACAUCGCAGAGGAAGAAUGCAUCUGCACUGGAAAUUCUUUCAGUCACUUGGACAACACCAGACCCAGGCUGAAUCCAAAGGCUCGCUCGCUGCGUAGGUUGUUCAUGAUCAUUGAGAUGGCCAGCAGGGGUGGGGAGUGGCUAAAAAAGGAGACUAAAAAUUAAGUGGAAAAGAACUAAAAGGAUUCUGCUAUGGGUGGACCAACUACUACUGCAGAUAGACAGGACAAAAAAGAUGAAUGUGUUUCCCAAGACAUCAUGAAUAUAAUGUCCAUAUGUACUUUUGCUUAAACAACAAAAACGCUUAAGAGAUUUGUGUUGGCUUUUAAUAAGUGUAUUGUCAGCUUCAUCAUGAUAGGAGAGAAAUGAAGAUGUUUGCCCUGAUGUAUUUGAGCUGAGUUGUAUCAUAAGGACCCAAAACACUACCAAAAAUAUUUUUACAGGUUCUGAAGUGCUAUGUUCUUAGGUGUAUGGGUCAAGUUCAAUGUUUGCAAGUGACUUUCAAAGGAAGCGUAUUGUUGUAGAGUUGGAAAGCCACUGGAAGGUUAUCUGAUGUAGUCAGUGACAAGUCGUUAGUCUCUGCUUGGAAUUACAGGAGAGAACACUUUACCCCAGGGAGUAAAGUAUUCUGCUGUUUUAGGUGCUGAGUUAAAAAUCUUAAUGUCUGUCUUAAGUGGUUCUUUGAAUAGGAAGAAUGACUUGGUUCUUCCACAAUAAAAAUGUCUU